AUGGUACAUUGGAGCUCUAACACAAUCAUUCGCAAGGUUCCCAAGAAAAAUAUUCACUGCAGGGUCACUGGUCUGCCUGUUUGCCCGGAGUUAGUUAGAACACGACUGCCAAAAUGUUCUGAUGUUGGUAACUUCCUCUGCAUUACAGGUACAGUAAUAAGAACUGGAACAGUGAAGUUGUUGGACUUUAAGAAGUUUUACAUGUGCAUCAAGUGCAAGCAUGUCUUCCAGGUUGAGGCUGACUACGAGCAAUACUACACAGUAUGCAGUCCUUCCAAGUGUCCUAACAGUGACAGCUGCAACAGAGGUUUUGUAGCUCUGGAAGAAAAAGGGGCCUCGCCUGAAAAUUGUCGGAACUUCCAGGAAGUAAAAGUUCAAGAGCAGGCGGGACGAUUGAAGGUUGGCACGGUGCCGAGGUCCCUUUGGGUGGUGCUACUCGACGAUCUGGUCGACUGCUGCAAGCCUGGAGACGAUGUCAACAUCACUGGUGUGGUGAGUAGGAGAUGGCGUCCAUUGUAUAAGGACAGAAGAUGCAAUGUUGAACUGUCCAUCAGAGCCAACCACGUCCAAGUGACCAACAUGCAAAAGAAUGAUAAGGAGAGUUUCUACAAAUUUUGGGAAGAGAACCGUUCAUGUGCACUCGAAGGGCGUGACCUCAUCCUGUCCAGCGUCUGCCCUCAAAUAUACGGCAUGUACAUGGUCAAGUUGGCUCUGCUGCUUGUCCUCAUAGGAGGCAAUCAGAGGGUGGAUGAAUCGGGCACGAAAGUCAGAGGGGAGUCGCAUCUGCUGCUCGUCGGUGAUCCCGGUACGGGGAAAUCACAAAUGAUGAAAUACGCCUGCAGGGUCAUGCCCCGAUCCAUCCUCACAACCGGGGUGGGGUGCACCAGCGCCGGUCUCACCGUCACCGCUGUCCAGGAUAGUGGUGAAUGGCAGUUGGAAGCAGGAGCCCUGGUGCUGGCCGAUGGUGGAAUUUGCUGCAUCGAUGAAUUUAACAGCAUCCAGAAACAUGACAGAGCCAGCAUACACGAGGCUAUGGAGCAACAAACUAUCAGUGUUGCCAAAGCUGGUCUCGUCUGUAAACUGAAUACCAGAUGUUCAGUCAUAGCUUGCACAAAUCCAAAAGGGCAGUAUGAUAUCAACGAGUCCAUAUCAGUGAACACAGCCAUUGCAACACCACUGUUGAGUAGAUUCGAUGUAGUCCUGGUCCUACUAGAUUCACAGAAUCCCGAGUGGGAUCAAGUUGUUUCGUCACAUAUUCUCAUGAAGAAAUGUACGUGCAUGAAGUCGGUUGGUGUGACUUCGUCAGCGUGGUCGAUAGAGAAGAUAAGAGCUUAUUUGAGUUUCGUUAAAUUGUUGCUACCAACACUUUCUAAUGAUGCUAUGAGGUUGAUCAUGUCCGAGUACUACAAGGCACAGAGAAAAUCAGAGGAUGUUUGCCAUGCAACGAGAACCACGAUGAGACUGCUGGAAAGUCUCGUUAGACUGUCUCAAGCCCACGCCAAGUUAAUGAUGAGAGACGAGGUGACGGUACAAGAUGCAGUCAUGGCUGUCACGCUCAUGGAGGCGACCAUGCUUAAUGUUUGUUUGUUUGUUUAUAUCUAUAUUUGUUUGUUUGUAUGUUUGUUUGUAUGUAUGUAUGUUUGUUUGUUUGUUUAUAUCUAUAUUUGUUUGUUUGUAUGUUUGUUUGUAUGUUUUUUUGUAUGUUUGUUUGUUUGUAUGUAUGUUUGUUUGUAUGUGUCUUUGUAUGUAUGUUUGUUUGUUUGUUCGUAUAGUUGUUUGUAUAGUUAUUUGUUUGUAUGUUUGUUUGUAUGUUCACUUGUUUCCGUGUUUUGUUUUCAUUGUUUAUUUUUAAUAUAA